AGAUGUUUUCUGCCCUCAAGAAGUUGGUUGGCUCUGAGCCAGCUGGUCAGGUGAAGGACAAGAUCAUCCCUGCUGGCCUACAGUCCAUGAAUCAGAGUCUGCAGAGACGAUUCGCCAAAGGGGUUCAAUAUAACAUGAAAAUAGUCAUCAGAGGGGAUAGAAACACAGGAAAGAGCACCCUGUGGCAUCGGCUUCAGGGCAAGAAGUUUCAGGAAGAGUACAUUCCCACUCAGGAGAUCCAGGUCACUAGUAUCCACUGGAAUUACAAAACUACUGAUGAUGUAGUGAAGGUGGAGGUGUGGGACGUGGUAGAUAAAGGCCAAAAAAUCCCUCUUCCUGAAGGUGUAGGCAAGGGAAAAAAGAGAGGUGAAACAUUAAAAUUGGAGAAUGAACCUCAAGAGCAGACGGAAAGUGAACUGGCUUUGGAUGCUGAGUUUCUAGACGUGUAUAAGAACUGCAAUGGUGUUAUCAUGAUGUUUGACAUAACCAAGCAGUGGACUUAUAAUUACAUUCUGCGGGAACUGCCCAAGGUGCCCAACCAUGUGCCAGUUUGUGUGCUUGGCAAUUACCGGGACAUGGGAGAACACAGAGUUGUGUUGCCUGAUGAUAUCCGUGACUUCAUUGCAGGCCUCAACAGACCUCUCGGCUCCUCUUACAUCCAUUACGCAGAAUCUUCCAUGAGGAACGGCUUCGGUUUGAAAUAUUUGCACCGAUUUUUCAACAUUCCAUUCCUGCAGCUUCAGAGAGAGACCCUGUUACGACAACUAGAGACCAAUCAGUUGGACAUUGAUGCCACGCUAGAAGAGCUAACAGUCCAGCAGGAGACAGAGGACCAGAAUUAUGAUAUUUUUCUGGAAAUGAACGACUCCCGCAGUAAAGGCUACAACUCUCCUGGCCCUUCUAAUGGACAGAGCCCAUCCUCCGGCUCGCAGUCUCCCAUCGUACCUCAAAGUGGAUGCUCCACCAGCAGCUCCAGUCCAUGCAGCCCCCAGCAGCCCCAAAUUCCCUCCCAGACCGCCAAGUCUUCGUCACCCUCUCCUUCCCCUCCUCCUCCUUCUCUUGCCUCAACCCAAGCGCCUGCUUGUUCCCCCUCCCCUUCUCCAGCACACCCCAGCCCUGCGGUCUCUGCUCCAGCCCAGGCUUCUGCUCCUCAACCCCAGAAACGCAGCUUAAUUUCCAGGCUUUUCGGCUCAGCUUCCACUCCGGAGCCUUUGGAAGUCGCCCAGGAGCCAGAUCCAGCAGCUUCAGCCGCUCCUCCUGCAGUCCAGAGCGUGGAUGAUUUUGUGCCGGAUGAGGGACUAGAUAAAAGCUUUUUGGAGGACGGUCUGCCUUCUAACACAAGACAAAGCAUGAACAACCAGCCCUCUGCAACAGGCGUUGCAGACAGUGACAGUGAUGGUGAAGGAAGAGAUGGAAAUCCUAUGGUCACCGGGUUCCAGGAUGAUCUGGACCCAGAUGAUGCAGAACUUGAGCCCAGAGCAUCUGUUACCAAAAGAGACUUGGAUAUCACUCUUUCCAGUGAUGAGGAGGGUCCCAAACCUACUGUAACUCAAGAUGAAGAUCUGGACUUUGAACCCCACAAACACCUGGACGCUUUGGAUUCGAUGUCACUGGAGGACGAGCAGCAAGCUGUAAACACAGAGUCCUUAAUCCAGGCACAAGACAACAUCAGCAGUCAGAAUACAGAGACUUCUAUCCUCAGCCCUACUCCAGUACAUGCUACUCAACCACAGCAAGCAGCCUCAGACACCCAAGCACAGCUCGUAAAAGAGAAAGAGAUAUCUGCUCAGGCCGAGUCCUCUGACACAGACCCAGAAGCACCUGUGGCCAAACAGCUGCUUUCUUUUGUCAUGGACGACCCUGAUUUCGAGAGCGAGGAAGAAGUCAGGCCGAAAGUGACUAAGGACUCUUUCCCAGUUAAAGAUCUUCCCGAUCUGUCCGAUGAUGACAUCACCACGGCUAAGAUCCAUGAGCCACUAAAACCUGCUGUGCUCACCUUUAAAAGCAAGAAUGACGGUGACCUCUUUGGCCUAGGUAUCGAGGAGAAGUCGAUCAAAAGCAAAGACAGCAGCGAGGAGCAAGAUGAUAAAGAAAGCAAGCAUUCUAAAGAAAAGAAGAAAAAGAAAAAGAAGAGUAAAGAGGAGGAGGAUAAAAGCAGCAAGAAGAAACACAAACACAAGAAAAAAGAAAAAGACGAGGCAGGAGGGACAGGAGAUGAAAAGAAAAAGAGAAAAUUACGAAGCAAGAAAACGGACGAUCUUGAAGCUUUUCUGGCUGGUGAAGAAGGCUCAGUGCAAAGAGAGGAAGGCGACUAUGAGGAACUUUAAUGCUCAAGUGUACAUAGAUUUCUUUGCUGAUAAAACAUUUGUGCAUUGGUACCACAAGCUUGUAAUACAUCAUGAAACAAGACGAAGAUGCCUUUCUUGGCGGCCUAAUCGUGACUGUGAUCUGACUGACAGUACUGUCAAAUGUUACACACUGCAAAUUUUCCAUUUUUGCCACAAACGUCCAAUCCACCUUCCAUACGGAGAGAGGUUUGGGGGGUGGUCCUCACUCUUUGGGCUUAAACUGCAAUAAAUGGAAAGCCAUGCAAAACUGCUACAUGUUGCAUGAUAUACAGCCUUUUUAUUGAUGUUUACAUGCCUGUUUUCAUUUGUGUCGUCUUUUGAAUUCAUUUCAAAGUAAAGCACUACCACUCCAAAACAAUAUUUUUCUUUUUAUUGCUUUGUUGCCUUGUUUAUGAUGUGGUAUUUAUGCUCCAUGGAUUUUCUGAGACCUUGGCUUUGUGUAGUUUUACUGUGUGUUUAGAGUUUGAUAUAUGAAUAUACUGUAUUUCAUGGCAGGAUUAUUGGUUUUCCCAAAAUAUAUUUGUGACACUGUCUGUGAAAACCACGCUAUAAAUAAGAUGAGCAUCAAAGUCAUUAUGAUUUUAGUUUUUGAUAUGCCCUUACUCAGUCAAUAUAAAUAAUAUCAAGGCUAUAUUUUCACAUAUAAUAUUUAUUACAUUAUGUAGGAUGAAAGCAGUAAAUCUAAAAAAAAAAGAAGACCUAGGUUUCCACAGACGGUGUCAUAUGAGAAAUGUAAUGAUAAAAACACGCAGAUCUUGUGAAUAAAUGCUUGAAAUGUAGGCACUUUCUCGUAAUAUGAGAGUAGAUUUGGCAACAGAUAAUAAGAUGAUGAUUAUCACAUUCUUACAUUCAGGAAAUGCCUUCAAGAGGACUUUGCUGAAUGUGUAAUACUAAACUUCAAAGGCCAAUAAUCUGUUCUUGUGUUUCUUGUAUAAUGAAAAAAAUAUCUGCUGUGUGAUUAUGCAAAUUUUAUCCUACUUGUAUUUUUAUUUGUUUGUACAUGUAACAAUUUUGCACUCCAUCUGUUUUCGUUCUUUAAAUGGUUUUCAGUGAUGAUAACUAUAGUAAUGAAAAUAACUAUUAUGUUGCAAUCUACCCUUUUUAAUUGAUUUAAUUAAUUAUUUGUCAAUAAAACAUGUUUGAUUUAAA